AUGCGCAUCGAGGAGCUCAUCAUCGAUGGCUUCAAGUCGUAUCCAGUCCGUACGCACGUCUCUGGCUUCGAUGAGUCGUUCAACGCCAUCACGGGCCUCAACGGCAGUGGCAAGUCAAACAUCCUCGACGCCAUCUGCUUCGUCCUCGGCAUCACAAAUAUGAGCGCAGUGAGAGCGACAAAUCUUCAAGACCUCAUCUACAAGCGUGGACAGGCAGGCGUCACGCGAGCAUCGGUGACCAUCGUCUUUGACAACACAGACAGAGCCCGCUCGCCCGUCUCGUUCGAAGCCUACUCGCAGAUUACCGUCACGAGGCAGAUUGCUAUGGGCGGGAUGAGCAAAUACCUCAUCAAUGGACACAAGGCGACGCAACAAGCCGUACAGAAUCUGUUUCAAUCUGUUCAGCUCAACAUCAAUAAUCCCAACUUUCUCAUCAUGCAGGGCAAGAUCACCAAGGUGCUCAACAUGAAGCCCGCCGAAAUCUUGAGCAUGAUUGAAGAGGCAGCGGGAACGCGCAUGUUUGAAGAUCGAAAAGACAAGGCCAUCAAAACCAUCGCAAAGAAGGAACUCAAGGUCAAGGAGAUCAAGGCGCUUCUGGACGAAGAAAUCACGCCAAAGCUCGACAAGCUGCGUGAGGAGAAGCGCUCCUUUCUCGAGUACCAGAAGGCAACCUCUGAGCUCGAGCGCCUCACUCGACUGGCCAAAGCCCACGAGUGGCAGACGCUAAAGUCAAAGCACGAAGAGAAGAGCCAGUAUGUCGACCAGCAGUCAUCCGAAGUCGACCGCCGUCGCAAAGACGUUGAAGCCCUGCAACGCCAAAUUGCAAGCAUCGACGAGGAGCUGGCGCAGAUCGAGCGAAAGAAGGAAAAGGAAAUCGCAAAGGGCGGCAAGCUCAAGGCGCUCAUCGAAAAGAGCAAGACGCUCCAGCAUGAAGUCGUCAAGGCAAAGACGUCCCUCGACUUCAAGGCUACGAGCGUUGAGGAGGAGCAAAAGAAGUUGGCCGCAGACGCCGAAGCUCUCGAGGCGCUGCAGCAGGCGCGCGAUGCCAAGGCGGAAGAGCUAACCUCGCUCUCAGAGUCAUUUGCCAGCCUCAAGGCGGAGCACGAUGCGGCCACAUCAGAGCUGUCCAAGAACGAUGAGCUUCUUCAGUCCCUCUUGACGGGUAUGGCGUCGAAGAAGCAGGCAGGAGGAGGGGGACAAGGUGGAUACAUGGGUCAGCUGGCGGACUCACGAGCAGCAGAGGCAUCGGCCCGCACCGAGGUUGAGCAAGCCAAGCUUCGCAUCUCAAGUCUGGAGAAGGAGGUCAAGACAAAGGAGCCGCAGGCGCGCAAGGCGGAGAAGGAGGGCGCGGGUCUACUCAAGCAACUGGAGACGGCUCAGGCUGAGGCUGAGAAGCUGGCAGCGAACCUUUCCGCCAGCGGCUGGGAUGAGAGCAAGGAGCGAGCAUCGGCUCAGCGCAAGCAGGAGCUGUCUCGCUCGCUCAAUGGCCUCCUUGAAUCCCGCGACCGCCUCAAGUCCCGCCUCGCGGGCGUCGAUUUUUCCUACUCAGAUCCCGAGCCCAACUUCGACCGCUCACGCGUCAAGGGCCUCGUUGCCUCGCUCAUAGACCUCGCAGAGGAUCGCCACCAAUACAGCACCGCGCUCGAGAUCUGCGCAGGCGGACGCCUGUAUAACGUCGUCGUCGAGGACGAGGUGACGGGUUCUAAGCUCCUCUCCAACGGCAAGCUCAAGAAGCGCGUGACGCUCAUCCCGCUCAACAAGAUCAAUGCCUUCGUCGCUGCUUCGCAGCGCGUCGGUGCUGCACAAAAGAUUGCAGGAGAUCCGAGCAAAGUGAACCUCGCCCUUUCGCUCGUCGGCUACGACGAUGACGUGUCCAAGGCAAUGGAGUACGUCUUCGGCAACACACUCAUCUGCGCUGAUGCUCAGACAGCGAAGCGUGUCACUUUCGACAACGCCGUCAAGAUGAAGAGUGUCACGCUGGACGGGGAUGUGUACGACCCGGCAGGCACCCUGUCCGGUGGAAGCAAGCCGCAGUCUGGCGGUCUCCUCGUCAAGCUGCAGGAACUCCGCGGCAUCGAGCGCCAGAUCAAGGCUGCUCAGCAAGAGUUGGCCCAGAUCGAGCGUAGCGAGGCGGGUGACGCCAAGCACGCAAAGACGAAACGCACCCUCGACCUCAAGCGGCACGAGGCUUCACUUCUUCAACAGCAAGUCAGCGGCAGUAAUGCCACGCGCAUCCUCGGCGAAGUCUCUGCGGCCCGCAAAGCCAUCGCUGAACUUCAGCAGUCCAUCGUCGACGCACAGGAGCGGCAAAAGACUGCUGCAUCUGAGGCAAAGAGGUUGGAGAAGGAGAUGAAGGAAUUCGAGUCGAACAAGGACUCGAAGAUCGACGAGCUGAAGGCCAAGGUGAAGAAGAUGAAGGCCUCCUUGCAGAAGCAGAGCGUCUCUUUCCAAACCAAGCAGACCGAGGUUAGGACCACAGAACUCGAGUUAGAAGGGGCGAGCAAGGAGGUUGAGGAAGCUGCCGCAGCGCUUGAGGAGGCUCGCUCUGCCUUCACCGCCUCGCAGACGAGCUUGGCAGCAAUGAGCAAGGACCUUGAGCAGCAGCAAGCCGAGGCGGAUGCCACCGAGACCAUGCUCAAAAAGGAGCGAGCAGCCCUCACGGCCUUCGACGAGGAGUCUGCCUCGCUACAAAAUGCGGCCAAAGCCAAAAAACAAGAAGUGGCCGACUCGGAUCUCGAAGUGAAACAACUGCUCCACACUCUCGAAAAGGCCCAACAAGAUCUCCUCUCCCUCACUCGCUCCAUCUCCUCUCUCGAAUCAACCCACGACUGGCUCGUCGCCGAGUCACCUCAGUUUGGCCAACCGGGCAGCGCCUACGACUUCCGCAAGCACAACAUGCCCGAGGUGAGACGCAGCUGCAAAAAGUUGGAGGAGCAGCAUGCUGGCUUAAAGAAGAAGGUGAACCCAAGAGUACUGGGAUUGAUCGAUUCGGUCGAGAAGAAGGAAGGAGAGUUGAAGACGAUGUUGGGGACGGUUCUCGGGGACAAGAGUAAGAUUGAGGAGACGAUCGGAGAGUUGGACAGGUACAAGAGAGACGCGUUGCAGACUACUUGGCAGAAGGUCAACGGCGACUUUGGCGAGAUCUUCGCAGAGCUUCUGCCAGGCAACUACGCCGCCCUCCAACCCCCGGAAGGCCAGGACGUCACCCAGGGUCUCGAGGUCAAGGUUCGCCUUGGUCAAAUCUGGAAAGCCUCGCUGACCGAACUCUCUGGCGGUCAACGCUCUCUCAUCGCCCUUUCCCUGAUCCUCUCACUGCUCCAAUUCAAGCCUGCACCCAUGUACCUCCUCGAUGAGGUCGAUGCGGCCCUCGACCUCUCCCACACUCAGCAUAUCGGACAACUCUUCAAGAAUCGCUUUGGAGGAUCCCAGUUCAUUGUCAUCUCGCUGAAGGAGGGACUGUUCAACAACGCUAGUGUCAUCUUCAGGGCCCGCUUUAGAGAGGGCACGAGUAUUGUUGAGAGAACGAGCAACAAGGCUAUGGCUGAGCAGAUGGCGUUGAGUGGGCAGAGAGCGGCGGCAACGUCUAGGAGCGGGUUGGCAGGCGCUGCGCCGCAGAGAAGGACGGCAGUUGCAUGA